UGCCUAUGGAUGCUCAGUGAUGAUGGAAAACAACCGAGAAAGGAGAAUAGCUCUUGUCGCUGCUGGUGCAGCUGCUGGAAUUGCUUCAGGUUUCAAUGCAGCAGUGGCUGGCUGUUUCUUUGCAAUUGAAACAGUUUUAAGACCACUUCGUGCAGAAAACUCACCUCCAUUUACAACUGCAAUGAUCAUAUUGGCUUCUGUCAUAUCGUCUACUGUUUCAAAUGCUGUACUUGGAGAGAAACAGGCUUUCACUGUGCCCACGUAUGAUAUGAAAUCUGCUGCUGAGCUACCUUUAUAUCUAAUACUGGGGAUGCUGUGUGGAGCAGUAAGUGUGGUUUUCACUCGAUUAGUCGCCUGGUUCUCUAAAGCAUUUCAGUUCCUCAAGGAAAAGUUUGGACUUUCUGAUGUUGUCUGCCCUGCUUUGGGUGGUUUGGGAGCUGGAAUAAUAGCUCUUAGAUAUCCUGGAAUUCUCUAUUGGGGUUUUACUAAUGUUGAUGAAAUUCUUCAUACUGGUAAGACUGCAUCUGCACCUGGAAUCUGGUUGCUAGCUCAACUAGCAGCUGCAAAAGUUGUGGCCACUGCAUUAUGCAAAGGUUCUGGUCUUGUUGGUGGUCUGUAUGCACCAAGUUUAAUGAUAGGUGCUGCUGUGGGUGCUGUAUUUGGAGGUUCAGCUGGGGAACUAAUCAAUUCAGCUAUACCAGGGACUACUGCUAUUGCUCAGCCGCAGGCGUACGCCUUGGUGGGAAUGGCUGCUACAUUGGCGUCAGUUUGUUCAGUGCCUUUGACUUCAGUCCUGCUUUUGUUUGAGUUGACAAAAGAUUAUAGAAUAUUGCUUCCCCUCAUGGGUGCUGUUGGACUGGCAAUUUGGGUGCCUUCUGUAACAAUCCAGGCAAAGGAAGUGGAGGCAUCAGAUUCCAAGUAUGUAUCAAAAGGAUACUCUGUCCUUUCACCAGAUGAUGAGAAGAAUGAACGGAAUGUUUGGAGGCACACAGGUGAGAGGAAUGACUUGGAACUAGCUGUAAUUGGAUGUCGAAGCAGUCAUGAAUCUCUUGAUGAAGGCCUAAUUCUGGAAGAUCUAAAGGUUUCUCAGGUUAUGUCAAAUGAUUAUUUGAGGGUCGCUCCAAACCAAACUGUGAAAGAAGCAUUAGAAUUCAUGCAUGAUAGUCGACAGAAUUUUGUUAUUGUGGUUAAUGCUGAAGAUUAUCUGGAAGGAAUUUUAACAUAUGGUGACAUCAAACGUAGUUUGUUUAACAACUCAGGGGAUUCUUCCGACAGGGAUUUGGCACUUAAAGAUUACGCAAAUACUUGUCUUGUUUCCUCUAUAUGCACAAGAGGGAUAAACUAUCGUGGGCGAGAAUGUGGACUUAUAACUUGUUAUCCUGACACCGACCUAGCAAUUGCAAAGCAGCUAAUUGAGGCCAAAGGAAUCAAACAGUUGCCCGUGAUCAAGCGUGGUGGAGACUUGAAUCGAGAAAGAAAGCGCAAAAUUGUUGCUAUUCUGCGUUAUAAGUCAAUCGAAGAGUCUAUCAGAAAUGAAGCGAGUCGACGAAAAUCAGUCUACCAGCAAAGAAAAGAAGACAAUGACAAACAGAUGGUAAAAAAUGGUCAUUAAUUGCACGACGGGGCCGAGCAUGAAAAGCAAGUUUCAACAAUUAAUUAUUGUUUUUUGAUGAUUUGGGCAUCAGCUGGUAAUAUGCAACUUGACUGCACAGUUGUUCCUGCUCAUAAUUUUGGUUGCAUGCAGAAGUUUGAGUUCCCUUUAAGCUUUGUGGUCUUCCCUUUUCUGGACAGCCUCUAAGGUUGCCUAAUGUCUUCAGAUUUCAUAUCAAUACUUGUUUUAAUCAAAAUUCUAUAUUAGUUGGGUUUGAUUUAUACCGAGUAGUUGUCGGUAGGUAUACCUGUGUAAUCUGAUAUCUCACAUUUUGUACAAAAAGUUUGCUUUACUGUUUUAGAUGCAAGUCUAAGGCAAACAAUAUUCGAUAUAGACAGAUUUUAAAGCAGAAAUAUUCAGUAUUAAUGAAAACACUCUCAAUAUUUUACUCUGAA